UAUAGUUUUUACUUUUUAAUACGUAUUACGAGAAACCAGUCAUAUUAUAUAUAGUCUCGCAGAAAAAUCAUAUUGCACGUAGUGUGCGUGCUUUCUCUCGUGUUUCGUGGUAUUCUCAUUUUGAACGCUUCGCGCACGGCGUUCAUUACAUCUUCAUUUGCUUAUCCUCUGUAGAAAAAUUGAUAUCAAAGAUCGUAUGCUAAAAAGUAGUACUUUAAAUAUAUAUACAUAAAUACACGCGGCGUUGUCGUGCGUGUGCGUUACCAAAGAUAUCCUUGAUCUUUCUGAGGAAAUACGCAUAAGUUAAAAACAUUUCACUGUACAUACCAAACGCGAAGAGAGAACGAGAGAGACAGAGAGAAGAGAAAAAAACCAAGCGCGGCGUCCUUCGCGUCGUCUCUUUGUUGCGAAGUAUAUUCUCUCUUUCACUCGUUCAUUUGGCGUAAUUAGUCGAAUGCUCGUCACCGGCAAGGGACUCUGAAAAUUCACGCUUGAGGCAAAAAGAAAAGAUCAUAAACAACACGCUCACUUUCUGAAGUUUCUAACAAACGGUAUAAAAAUAUCUAAAGAACAAUCUCAUUUAGAAGAUUAAAAAAGUAUAUAUAACAGCUUAAGAUACACGCUAACCAUGGGUAAACCAUCAAAGAACUCUGGGGGCGAUGAGAGAAUAUAUGAUCGGAGAUAUAGAGCAUCAAGCAAUUCAAAAGCUUCAACUGAAAAACAGGGGGAAGCAGAAAGUCCAAACAGAUCAAAGCAAGCUAGUGCUGUCUUGAAGCUAAAUGCAGGUGUAAUAAAAAUUAAGAGCAAAUUACGAAGUCCAGUGAAGAGUGGGUUGGGCAACCCAACGAACCGUAUAAAUAGGUCCAGUAUAGUCAGUGAGGACAAAGGAAUCAAAAAAAGUGGUGUAGUUGUAAAAGAUAAAAGUCAGAUUUCUAAAAUGAAACAGCAGACCGAAAAUUUGGAGAAAAAAGACAAGAAAAUUGAUAGCACUGAACCUUCUGUACAGGUUAUUGAAAAUAUGAAACCAAUUAUUGAUGAAGUUAUUGAUAAUUCAUUGAAUAAAUAUGAAAAUGGUGUAAAUGGUCAAGAAACUUCCAACGGAAAUGGUGCAGAAAGUGUUGAUAUUAAUGAAAAAGAAGAGGACUUCAAUCUUCAAUUCGAAAUAGAAGAAAAUGGUAAACAUGAAGAAAAUAAAAUAAAAAAUGUUUCGGAUAAUGUUGAACAAGAGAACAGAGAAAAAACUAAAGAGACUGUUGAUGACGUUAAAGUUAUUAAAGACGAUUCACCAUCUGAUACAAAUAGUUGCUCUGUAGAUGUAGUAGAAUCUACUACUUCUGAUCCAUCUGAGUCCAUUGAGUCAAUUAAACUAAAUGAAGAUGAGGAUAAAAAUAUUGAAAGUCAAGAUCUGAAUGAAGAUGAAAAUACUGACUCAACUAAAAAAUUAAAAGAUAUUCAAAUUAAACUACAUGAUUGUUUGAAAGAUCAAAAGAAUGAAGAAGAGAAUGAUGCUGACCAGAGUGCAUCCGAAUAUCGCCACAAAGAAGAUACAUUUGGAAAGACUUUGAGGACUCUGUCUGGAAGAAAAUCAAUAGGAAGACAUAUAACAAUUCAGGAUAGGCAGCCAUCGCCAAAUAGUAGUUUAUUUGUUAACACGUCAAGUAUUUCCGUUUCAGAAGAUGGAAAUGCUAUGUACAAGCCCUUGUAUCAACGUACUGCUCUGUCGGAGUUGCCUUCUAGCAAUAAUGGUACACCAUUGGACAAAAAGCGAAAACUCAUAGAAGAAGCCAUAUCUUCACCAAAAAAAUCAAGGAUUGAAGGAAGUAAUCUAUUAAACUCCUCUUUUGAAUUCUUAAAAUAUCCAUUCUCACGGAAAGCUGUUGAAGUUUCAACACCUUACAAUUUUGGAGAAGUGGAAAAGACAAAUAUAAGCUCAAGUAAAGAAGUCAAAGCUGAUGAUGAAUCAGGAGCCGGUCGACGGUGGUGUCUCAUUAUGUAAAAAAAAAGAUUAGUUUGAUGAAAGUAUAAGCUCUCGAUUCUCGAAGAUAUAUCAUCUAUUCUGUAAAAUCUCCGGUAUAAACAGAACAAUCAUCAUUGAGAUUCAACAUACAAUUAGCAGUUGGACCAGUAUAAACCUAACCCAAUUGCCAAUUGCUAAAUAGGUAGUAAUAUAUUUAAAGCAAGACUCGAGGUAUAAUACCAUGCUUAAUUGACUUAAAAACGUAUAGUUUUCAAUUAAUUUUCAGAAAUGUUUAAUAUCUUUGUCAAAAGUUAAUCUAUGUAACUUUCAGUUUUGGUUUUUGAUUAUCAAUUUAAUUUUCGAAAACAAGCGUAAACUAUUUUUGUAUAUCCAACAGUGUACUACUAUUAUUGUUGAAAAUAUCUGUGUAAUUGUAAUACAUACACACAUGAAUUAUAAUUGUUUAUAGGAUUUUAUUUCAUGAUUAUAGGAAACACUUCGUUUACGUUUGUUUUACCGUAUAUCUUAAUAAAAAAUUUUAUUUUAAGAUUUCAUGAUUGUACAAGCAAAGAUCCGUACCUAAUUCAUAUAGGUAUACUUAUGACAAAAGUUCCGCCUUAAAAUUUAUUGUAUAUUAAUGAUAAAAUAUUAUGACUUUUGCAAUAUUGUGUUAAUUUUGUAUUGUAUACAUUUAGAACUUGUAGAAAUAUCAAAAUGUGUUUUUAUGAGCUUUAUAAAUCAAUAACAUUAAUAACUCGUAUAAACGUAAUGUUCCGUAUAAAGUCUUGUGAACUGCACUAUGUAACCAUAACAUUAAUAAUGAAUCAUCAGACAUUUUUUUCAUCAAUAAACAAGAGUAGUUUAUGAUGUAAUUGGCAUCAUAUAUAGAAUUAUUUUAUUAUUUUGUUGGUUUUAUCGUCAGUGUUAUCCUGUUUGACUUAAUUAAUAGAAACUUUACAUUGUAAAAAGAGAAAUGAAUAAUGUUUUUCACUUGUACAAUCAUUGAGUAAUAGCGUCAUGUAACUUUGCAUUUCGAAAUUUUGCACGAAGCAAAACAUUACUUCACAACAAUUGUAUGGCGAAAUAUAUUUUAAUGUAAUUUUUUAGCAUUACUACCAAUUUUGCAGUCACUUAAGCUUAGGUUUAAGUUAUUGAGGCACUGCAGAAUGUGAAAAACCUCAAGUGAAAUAUAAAAAAGACUGUAUCGUUUAUAUGUCUAUGUAAAAUUGCUGUUGAUUCACUUAUAAAUAAAUUCGACUUAUUCAUUGUCAUUUGACUUUUUAAAAAAUAAAUAAUCUUUGAAAAAUACAAAAUAAUGAAUUUUAUACUCGACGUCAUUACGUAUUUUUAAAUGCGCAGAUGACUGUAAAAUGUAUCUACAUAAUGAGAAAGCAAACAUUUUAUUUAAAUAAUACCUAACAAUUGAGAGUAUAAGGAUUAUGCGUAUAGUUAGAUUGUAUUUUAUCAAAUUGUAAAAUCAUUAAAUUAUGAAUGAAAUAGAACAAACAGCGAACGAGAUUAAAUAAAGAAACAAAAAUGAUUUGUUUUUAUAACCUUGUACAUCGUCAUCCGUUGGUUUGGCAGGUGAAAUUUCAAUAAUGUAUAACUCGUACUAGAAAACAAAGGGAAUAGUUUGAUAUAUUUUCUUGUGAACGUAACAACACUGAUAAAUAACGAAAAAAAAGGUGUAGAGAAACAAAUAUGCGCAUUUACCAAAGUUUGCCACGAACAAUAUGAAAUAUGAAAUAUUUUUUUCAUAAAAAUGAUGAAUCAACUCUUCAAUAGUCUCGAAUUUAUAAUAGCCGAGAAUUGAAUCGACAUAAUUUUUAUACACGUUAAUCAAACUAUAUUACAAAGUAUUAGGCAGAGAAUUAUUAAGGUAUGUACAUAGAAAGUAUGAAGUUUAUAAUAAAUUCUGA